CCUUGUCGCUGGAGAAUUUUGGCGGAGAGUAUGUAAAAAAAAAGGGAAUUGACUUUCUCUCACUCGAUUACGUUCUCCAUGCACUUAUAAAAACUACCGUAUCUUUGCAAGAUAUCCAAGCAAAUCAGUCUCUCCCUUUUCAGCCAUUUGUUUACUGAAAAUGGGUCGAUCUCCAUGCUGCGAUGACAGAGGCCUAAAGAAGGGGCCAUGGACGCCGGAAGAAGACCAGAAGCUCGUUGAUUAUAUUCACAAACACGGGCAUGGAAGCUGGCGAGCUCUGCCCAAGAGUGCCGGCCUCAACCGAUGUGGAAAGAGUUGCAGGUUGCGAUGGACUAAUUAUCUCCGGCCAGAUAUCAAGAGAGGAAAGUUCUCCGAUCAAGAAGACCAGGCCAUCAUCGACCUCCACUCCGUUCUCGGAAACAAGUGGUCAAGGAUUGCUUCCCAUCUCCCGGGCCGGACGGACAACGAGAUUAAGAACUACUGGAACACCCAUCUGAGGAGGAAGCUUCUUCAAAAGGGUAUCGAUCCAAAAACACACAAGCCAAUACAAGAUGAUCUCAAUCUACUUGGCAAUCUCUCUCGUCUCUUGUCCACCUCAAACUAUGCCAAUUUGAUCAACCCUCUGCAGGAUAACACUGCUUUUAGUUUCACUUCACAGAUUGAUCACUCUCAACUAGCCAAAAUCCAGCUCCUUCAUACCCUAAUUCAACUCAUGACCAGUUCAUCAACACCCUUCCCAAAUAUAGCAGAAAACAAUUCCUUGAAACCCUAUUUUGGUACUUCACAAUUUGAUUUUCCUAACUUAUUGGGUACCAGCCCUGAUCAAGUAUUCAACAAUUUUCCGGCUGGGUUUCAACCAAUGGCGUUGCUUGGAGCUGGGCUUCAACCGGCUGAGUUUGUUGACCUCAACUAUGGCAGCAUGAACACAAACUGUGAAGCUCAGCUUGGAAAUGCACUUCCAUCUUUGGUUUCAGCCCCUGUGGAAAGAUCUACGGCCAACCAAACCGAAAGCAAUAAUUGUAUCAACCAAACCGAAAGCAAUAAUUGUAUCAACCAAACAUGCCCUUCCGGGGGCCAAUCACAGGCCUCCACCAUUUUCGAAGCUUGGGAGAAGUUCCUGGAUGACGAAGCAGAUGGCCCCAGCUGGAAAGAUGUACUUUGAGAAUGCAAUUAAUCCUUCAAGUUUCAGAAUUUUAUCUAGCAAAAAAGAACUUCGAGUUUCAGACUUAAAUUUCUUUUGGUGUUUAUACAUACUAUAUACAUUAUUUACAUGUAUAUGGGGAAUUGCAUUUUUUUCAUCUUGUGAUCUAAAUAAGGUGGAUAUCAAUUUCAUUAGGGAGUUUUUUUUUUUUUUUAUUCACUGAUGAUGUGUUCUGUCUCAGUACUGUAAUAAUAAUUC